AACCUGUUCAUGCAAAAGCCGUGGGUUUGUUUCCCGUUUGUGUACGUUUGAAUCCCCGAUUGUGAUACGAUUGCGGCCAGCAGAGGCGCGAGAACAAAUGAUCACGAUAUUGAUCAGUCCAUCGACGGGCGGAAGAAGACGUCGUCGGGACGGUGCAGUCUCUGGCUGACCUAUCCACCACACGCAGUCGCGCCCAUAGCGAAGCUGGCGCCAGCUGCAAUGGUACACCACGUAUCUGCAUGGGCACCGCUGCCAUCUCACAUCGAUUCCUCGGGUCGAAGGCCUCGUGGAUCCUGCUGCCUCUCUUAUUACGUUCCACUGAAGUAACGAUCCUUUCUUGUACUCCUAUAAAUUGCCCGUUAUAUUUGUGCAGGCAAACAUGACUGCGCUGGCUGGACGAACAUGCGGGAAGCAACAUUCGAUCGACACACAUCUCCCUUCACCUAUAACCUCUCCCAUCAGAGUCGAUGAAGAGGGUGGUGGUCGGUGCCCUGGAUCUGCUUCCGCCCGUGUGUGUAUUUGUCGCGGCAGUGCCUGGGCCCGUUCGCCAGCAUCGUCGUCCCGGUGUGCUUGAUCUGGAUCAAAGAUGCCAAAAGAGUUGCACAGCCCUGACCGUGUUAGGCGGCACAUGUUACCUCUGAAUAUGGCAUGAAGAAAACACUCUUGAUGCGAUGAUGCAUUUGCUCGAUAUUCCCCGCUACACGAGGCUCGUGCGUUCUGCGGGGAUAUCGCACACAUCCAUUUAUCGAAGCACAAACCUUCUGUGAUUUUUAGCAACUUUUCCGGAUAACAGCACAGACUUUCACUGUCCGCUGGAUCUACGUGCUAGCAUCUUAUAGUGAUCCUGUCAUACGUCGAUCAUCAAGUCUGCAGACUUCCACAUCGGGCGCAGAAAGCGAGGUUCCUGUGCUGCGUCAGAUUGUGUGACUCAUUCCCCUGCCAUUUGCAAGGACUCCUCGCUGUGCUGAGUGAUCACAAGAAAUGCUCCGAUACCAGGCCAUCACACUUGGUUCAGACGAAAUACGUGAUACUUUGGCUGAAUUCUUGUAGCCACACUAACCUGUGUCGAGUCUGUCGACCGUCCGCAAAAAGGAUGCUGAAUGUACUGAGGGCCCAUGCGCUGCGAUUGACGUACUGUCUGUACCCGCAAGACGUCAACAUAUCACCAUUCACCAUGCGUAUUCGCCAUGUCGGUUGCGCACGGACAAAAGCAGUUGCCCUCGACUCUCGAACGUCACUUCACCUUCCAGACCUCGUGGACGAAGAAAGUCCAAUGGCAUGCAGCUGUCACAGAAAGUACUGAGACCGGAGAAUUCGGCUUCGGUGCGUUAAGCGAGAGAUGGCGUGCAUUAUUACAUGCGCACUCUUUCUAUGAUGGGUAACGGUAUCGAGUUCUUGCAGGGGUCAGGGUCUUUCCCAUCCACUUUGGCCUUCAAUAUCGCCGACGCUUGGUCCCUUUCCUUGACGAUUGUGUCAAUACGACGCCAUAAUCGACGGCCACCAAUAAAGUCUUCGCCUCACUUGUGCAACUACAGGCACCUCAGGCAAGGCAGUCUACCGCUGCAGGCGUAUCAGUGGAGCGCUGGUACCCCUCCGCAAUGAAUGGCUGGAAACGAGGACAAAUCGUCCGCGUCGACGUAAGCCCUUGAGACGUCCAUUGUUAUGGAUGACCUGACUUCAUCAUGAACGGCCCUGCUGCAAUAGGCUCUCCGACAGUAUAAGUACCCUUUCAGCAGGCACUUUGCCCGCAGCCUCUAUCACGAGGUCUGGAUUGAGACGACGUCCCCUCCUGCUUGAGCCGACUACACUGAUAUCAGCACAUCAUGGCGGUCAAACCUCAUCUUCGCUUCGGCCAUACCGGGGCCAUGAUGGGCUUUCUACCAGAGGUCCACAGAAACAACCUGACUGCCUUCAUUUCGGAGCUUGCAGGCACGUUCCUGUUUCUCUUCUUCGCUUUCGCAAUCGCCCAGGUUGCACAUACUCCACCACCUGAUGAUCCUAGCGCACCGCCCAAUAUUCUGGUUAUUUUCUUCAUUGCCCUUGGAUUCGGAUGUUCGGUCGCUGUCAACGUAUGGUUGUUCUACCGGGUCAGCGGAGGAAUGUUCAACCCUGCCGUUACUCUCACCCUCUGUCUCAUUGGUGCUGUACCAAUUAGUCGCGGCUGUGUUGUCAUUGUUGCGCAAAUAGUGGGCGGGAUUGCAGCGGCCGGUGCUGUCUCGGCUACCCUGCCUGGGCCUAUGGCUGUCAACGUCCGACUCGGCGGUGGCUGUUCCAUCACCCGGGGGCUCUUCAUUGAGAUGUUUACCACAUUGCAGCUCGUCUUUGCAGUCGUCAUGCUGGCAGCAGUCAAGCACAAGGCAACUUUCCUCGCACCCAUUGGAAUUGGGCUUGCCCUUUUCAUUGGACACAUGCUCAGCAUUUAUUAUACCGGCGCCGGUAUCAACCCAGCUCGAGCGUUCGGUCCCGAUGUCAUCCUCCGCCAGUUUCCAGGAUAUCAUUGGAUUUAUUGGGUCGGACCAGUGAUGGGGUCUGUCAUUGCGGCAGCCUUCUUUUACCUUCUUGAAGCCCUGGACUGGCGGACCGCAAACCCAGGGCAAGACUUUGACGAUCUGGAGGUGCAGAUGGUGACUCCCAACAAGAAGACGGCCAGGCCCAAUGUUGCACACGCGCCCCCACCACAGAACAAUCCAUACACCCCGGAGAAGUCGUCAUACGAGAAAGAAACGGUGGCGCCGUUAUCAAACCCCAGCACUCUGAACGGGUAGGACUUCAUUUUCCACGAAAGGUGCUCAGCCCUGCUUCCAUGCAUCAGAGUGGAAUAUUUUUGGCGGCAACGACCGUCGCCGGCUCUUUCUCGGACAUCUCACUUGAUGGUGCUGGUUGUUCAUGCUUGGCCAGGUGCCAGGAAGACUUCUGUAUUCACCUUAUAAAACAACAAUCUCGAUUUCCUUCUUCCCUUGUGUUAAUUUAGCUGCUGUUCUAGGGCCCGAAAGCGAGUGAGACCGUUGUGGGGAGGGGAGUUUUGGGGGAAGGAGAAUCUGAGUAGGCUUGCGGCUCCUAAUACAUUCAAGUUAUGGUCCCUACCUCAACCAAUAGAUCACUAUCCUCAGCCGCAGAACCUGACUUCACCGAGAAUAAACUUCCAUUUCGAGAGCUGA